AUUCUUUCAGCAAUGCUGAGGGUAGUUGUCUUCGCCGUUGGCGUCGCCUCCGUCUCCGGAUUCUCCUCUCCCAUCGCUCUGCGCCAUGCCGCGCCUCAAGCAAAGCUCAGCUGCUCCCCACGAAGGGGCCGUGCCCAAACCCCCAGCGUGCGCAUGGGACUAUUCGACAACUUCGUCAAGGCGUUUGAGACUUCCAUCCCUGGAAACUCGGCGGACCUAAACCAGUACGAGGGAUGGAUCGAGAGGGACGGCAUGAAGGCCUUCAGCUUCGACGGCAAGCAAGCUCCCCGCCCGAUCUCGUACGGCUCCUACUCCCUUGCUGGGAGAACUGCAGCGUCCAACACUGCCAUGAGGGAAUCGUCGAAGGCUCAGAACAACCCGUUCGCUGGCCUCCCCAAGUGGAUGCAGUCGCCCGUUGCAUCUUCCAAGGCCCCAGUCUCCAACAAGGAGAACCAGGACGGAGUUCUUCAGAUCCCCGACGUCGGCGACGGAGUGAGCAUGUUCUGCGUCUUCGACGGCCAUGGCGAGUACGGGAAGCUGGUGACGGACUGGGCCAUCCGAACGCUUCCGAGCUACAUCGCAGGAGCUGUUGCCGAGGGAAGGCCCGGACAACUUCUCAACAGGAUCACUGACGCCUAUCGUGCUGCUGAUGCUCUACUGACCGAAGAGCUUGGUUACCCUGUGAUCGAAGACAGUGGAACAACUUGCGCUCUUGCUCUCGUCAAGGAUGAUUUGCUGCUGGUUGGAGGGUUGGGAGACUCUCGUGUUGUGCUUGGAGUUGACACAGGAGAUGGAAGUCUUGGCGCUCAGCCUGUUACCCUCGAUCAGUCGCCCAAAGUUCCUGCUGAAACUGCGAGGAUCGAGAAGGCAGGAGGAGAAGUGCGAGGGGAGGGCGUUGGAGGGCGCGUUUACGCCAAGGGCCAGGAGUUCCCAGGCCUCGCCGUAGCCAGAGCCUUCGGGGACGGCGAUGCGAAGCAGUACGGAGUUACAGUUGAUCCUCAGUUCAUCGGAUGGAAGCUGAGAAGUGGGCAGGACUUUGUGCUGAUCCUCGCGUCGGAUGGAGUUUGGAACGCUGUUGGCAACGAGAUCGCCGUUGAGAUCUGCGCUAAGCACCGACAAACUCGCGAUGCCAACAAGGCAGCCAACGAGCUCGUGCUCAAGGCCCGUCAGGUGUGGGAGGGCCUUGCUAAGGGCAGGAUCGACGACAUCUCCGCUGUUGUUGUCUUCCUCUAAGAGAGGAAUCAGGACGAAGAGCCUAGCAGCGGAGAAGGAAGAGGAGGAGGAGGAGGAGGAGGAAGUCUCCCGUAGCAGGUCAGUCUACAUUAAAGAGAUUUUAUCAUC